AUUUCAUCUAUUUUGAAUUUUCCUAACCCCGUAAAAUCUCAUAAAAAGCAUUCUAGGCGGCGAGUUGAUGCAAAGCUUAUAACAAUCGAGUUUUGGUAAAGAAGAGCAAUCCGGAUCUUCUAGAAUCAAUUUUAGAAAGCAUUUAAUUAAACCGGAUCGUUACCGCCUAAAAAAGAUCAACCAGGAAAAAAGAAAAGAAAAGAGAGGAAAAAUGAGUUGGAAGAACGAACUACCGGACGAGCUAUGGAGAAAAAUACUUGAAAUCGGAAUCAAAGCCUCAAAUUUUACUUUUAAAGAUCUUUGUUGCGUUUCAAUCUGCAGCAGACGCCUCCAUCGUUUAUCCAACGAGGACUUACUCUGGUCCCACUUGAUCUCCGUUGAUUUCCCCAAUCAAACAUCAUCAUCUUCCUCCGCCAAAUCCCUUUACAAAAUCAGGUUUGAGAGGGAAAAAGAGAGGAAAUUAUGGGCUCAUAAAAGGGCGGUGUUGAGGAAAGAGAGUCAGGUUUCGGAGCAUUUAAGGAAACUUCGAGAAAUUGAGGUUCGAUUACGUGAAGAAAGAAAUAAAUUGAACUCUUCACUUUUGGAGUUGUCUAAUUUACACAAGGUCAGUCAAGCGUCCGUGGCUUUGAAUGUGUGGCAGCCCGAGGUUGUGCGUGGUAGGCAAAAGCAAAUGGUUGAGCAAUGUGUUGUACCGGUUGAAUCUAGAGUUCAUGCCCUAGAUAUGGAGGUUAAACUUUGCAAUCAACAGCUACAAGUGUUUGAUAAGGCUUAUAGAGACGAGAAGAGAAGGCUUGAUACAGCUAAGGAAGAGUUGAAAUCCAUGAAAUAUCACCCUUUACGAGAUUAUACGCUAUCAAGUACUGAAAACCAAGAAAAUCGGAAAAAGAGGAAGAAGUUGAAAAACAUGCAUCAACUCUCCUGAUAAACAAAAGGUAAAACAACAUAGAUGAGCAUGUUUGCUGGAUUGCUUUGCUGCUCGUACUGGCUCCCAUCUUGGUAUGUUGUAUUGUGGCUUUUAGUUGUUUUGCGGUGCCAAAAUGUGCGUGCCUUUUAGAGGCCUUGAGUGGUACAAUGUUUCAUCAAUUGUUAGAAAUAAUCUUCAUUUAGAAGCCCUUUUUGUAAAACCAAUUUGGUGGUCAGACUUUUUUAACUGUAAAACUGCAUCAUCUGGCUACAGUUAACUAUGAGCCUUCGGGUCUUCCAUGCUCUGGCCUUUAAGUUUCUGGCAAGGGUGUCGAUUGCCCUGUCUACCUUCUAAGGGCCGUAGGAUUCUGGAAACCACGAAAGGAAAAUGAAUAGGAAGAAGGAAAUGUUGGGUUUCAAGCCAAUAGAAAAUUUGAGCUUUCCAAUUGCUUGAACCGUUGGCUAAAGUUUUUACAGGUUUAGCUUUUGAUUUUGACGGUUCGAUUUAUGAUUUGAUUGCUAUCCUUGCGGAACAUUAAUCUUAAGUCUUGACAUUUGCAAGUUGAACAAGAAAGGAUUGUUUCAUAUCGGUAUAUAUUUUAUUUUUAAAUUUAAA